UAUUUUCCAAACAACAGUCUAGAGAGUGGAGAGUCAACGUCCAACGUCAUUUUCUGAUAAUCAAUUAAAAUCAGUAUAAUCUUUAGGAAUUUUAAAAAAAUCCAAUGUAUGUUUAUUGUUACAAUGCGUGUAGAACCGCCGUGAACCAGAGGUAUAAAAUCAAGUGUAUUUUAAGGAGCUACAAUUGAACAAGUGAUUUAUUUUAAAAUGAAUCGUGCUCUAUUCGCGGUUGUGUGUUUUGUAUUGGCGUUUGCAGCUCCAUCAACUGGCAAAGAUGUACUUGAAGGAACUGAUGUGAAAGAAGGUGAUUUCAAAUAUCAAGUUCUCUUAUAUUAUCCAAACCGUCAUCCUAUAUGCGGUGGUGCUAUCCUGAAUGAAUGGUACAUUUUAAGUAGUGCCCAAGCCACUCACCAAUAUGUCGAAAAGCUGAAUAAAUUGGUCAUAUAUCUUGGCACAACGAAUACUCGUAAUGUGCAGCACAAACGAUUAAUUUCCGAAAUAAAAAUCCCGAAAGAAUUUGUUUUUGGUGAAAUACAUCACGAUGUUGCGUUGGUACGAGUAAGACGAAAAAUUGAAUUUUCUGCUAAUGUUCAACCAAUUGCACUUCCAACGAAUGGAGACGUGUUUGACGGAAUCCUUCUAUCGAGUGGUUUCGAUUUUGCCCUCAAACCAGUUGCUGACCACUUUCCAAUAGUAUACAAAGAUGAUCAAUUACAUUACCACAAAACCUCGAUGAUUCCAAUGGAUGAAUGCAAAAACCUAUACGGCAAAACGUUUUAUCGUGAUCGACCCCCUUACAAUAUCACCGAUAUUAUUUGCACGGUGAACAACCAAGGAUAUAGCUUUAAUCCUGGCUGUGAAGGCAACCCGUUGGUUGCAAAUAAUAUACUUUAUGGUUUGGCUACAACAAGGGGUCCCGAAAAACUUCCGAAUCUUUACACAAAAGUAUUUUCACACAAAAAAUGGAUCGAAGACAAUUCGGCUGUGGCAAAAGCAUAAUCGAAACCAAAUUUGCAACAAAGUGAUGAAAAUUGACUUUGAAUGUGACGAAUUUGCAGAUAUUUUUUUCAAACCAAUAAAAUCGAUUUGAUGAAUUACAAA